AUGACGGCACUUGACGUUCCAAGUCUUUCAAACAUACUUUCUUACGUUGAGAACCCUACACCUUAUUUCUUCAUAUCAAAGAAGUUCAAAACCCUUGAAAUUCCAGUUCAAUCGACGCACACCGUCUAUUUUACAGAUGACGACACUGUUGUCUUCCCACAAACAAAAAUUUUGAAAGUUAUGUUCUCCGUUGGGUGGUUUCCUCACAUUUUCAUGUCUAUUGCAAAAAUGUGUAAAACAACCCCUCCACAACGACUUAUACUCUCCAUGCACCCAAAGACACUCAUUCUCUUCGACAAGUUGUUAGCAUUCAUUCCAUCGACAGUUCAAGUUGUUUUGAUUGUUUUUGGUCUCGACGAGGAAGUCGUUGAGAAGUACAAGAUCCACGACAACGUCAUAGUCGCCGGGAGAAAUUCAGAGACAAACGAGUCGAUCCCUCAACGACGCUCUUUGAUUCUUCCUGAAACGAUAAUGACGCCUUCCGGCGCUUCAUAUCAGUUUCUUUCACUUCAGCUCUCAGUCUACGAGUUUUACAAGCAGAAGAUUCAGAAGUUUUAUCUCCCACACAACUUGAAACUGAAAGGAAGUUUUGACUCGGAAAAGACAGUCACGUUGAACGAGAACUAUAACGCCGUUGUAUUAACAGGAAAAAUUAAAACCCUUGGGAUCAAAGCGGCACAUCUCAUCGUUAUAGGCGCAUUCGUCCCAGUCGACCAGACACUCUCUCUUGAAGUCGAAAACCCACUUGGGUUCCCAGAAUACAUUGCAGGCGAUCAAUUGAAGAUUAUUGUUGUGAGGUAUGCAAGUGCACUGAAAAGAGUCGAUCUGAAAGAAGCAAAACAACUCGAACUCGCCGAGUUUGUGUGCUGCAAAACACUUGAAACAAUCAAUGGGACCACCGUGAAGACACUCAAAAUCACCGACUGCCCGCUUAAAACGGUUGUUUUCGAGAAAAUCGAAAUACUUCAAAUAAUGGGAAGCAGAGAAGUGAAUGUCACAGCGGUGGUGGAUGACUUAAUUUCAGAUGAAAUCUUAACAGUGAACAAUCUCAAAACUUUGCCGAAAAAGAAUGUGGAAGUGGCAGACAAGCCGGUCUGGUUGACGUUCUCACCAAUGUACAUCGCUCUCACCUUUGUGCUGAUACUCAUUUGGUUACUCUGUUAUUCUUAUUGA